CUACACUAGUCGCCCGGAAGCCUGAAGAGCAUAGUACCUGGGCUCAUCAGGCCAGGGGUUUUCACCUGUUCAAUGGUCAACUAACCCCAUGGUACUCAGUCCCUGUACAUGGAUUACAGACAGCAACAAUGCCUGCCCUGGAACGUUACUUGAACGUGUGUAUGCAUUAUAGUCAGGUACUCGCUGACUCCUCGAUCCAUGCUUAGUUAGGCUUACGGUAAGUUCCAUGUAGGGCUUUUAGGAAGUGGCCGCGCUCAGUUAAAAGGGCAUGAUGUCCAGGCGUGUUCAGUAGAUUGUCGUGUAGUUGCUCUACAUUCGCUCUUUACGCCAUAGUCACUCUUUUCAUUCAAAAUGGCGCGCAUUGCUUUUAUUUCACUAGCCAUCUCGGCGCUGCUCUGUUUCGUUAAUGCAGCAUUCGAUAUUACAUCGAAGAACAAUGUUGCUGUCUACUAUGGUCAAGGACCGAAUCAGAAACGUCUGACCACGUACUGCGCCGAUCCUACCAUUGAUGUGAUCAUCCUCUCUUUCGUUCAUCUCUUUCCCGAGCAAGCCAACGGACACCCAGGUAUCAACUUCGGUAACCAAUGCAGUGCCGAGUCAUACAAGGGCCCAGGAUUCAAGGGUGUCAAGGACCCCUCAAAAGACAUGCUGUUGAAGUGUCCACAACUGCAGCAAGACCUUUACACAUGCCGACAAACAAGUGACAAGAAGAUCUUGUUGUCCCUCGGAGGCGCAACAAAGGAAUACAACGUCAACGGCGCCACGAACGGCACAAGCUUUGCGAAUCAGCUCUGGGGAAUGUUCGGUCCUCGACAGGACUCAUGGACAUCGCUGAACAAGCCACGUCCCUUUGACUACGUCAACACAACUCUCGACAGCUCGAUUAUCAAUGAGUUCGCCGUGGACGGAUAUGACCUUGAUAUCGAACACCCCUCGGAAGAUAACUCGGCUGGCUACAUCGCUAUGGUCAAGAGACUCCGAACUUUGUUCGCCACUGAUGCCAGAAAGCCGUACUACCUGACGGCCUCGCCUCAGUGCAUGGUUCCUGACACGAACUUGGUCGACACGCUCGAGGCUACCAAGUUCGACAUGCUCUUUGUACAAUUCUACAACACGCCGGCAUGCUCUGCCCGUGGCUGGGCCGGUAAAAACUCGGCAUACGUUCCAGGAGGCAAAUAUGACGAAGCCAACUUCACCUUCAAGGCCUGGGCCGACUGGCUGAAGACCACCAAGUUCAGUCAAGACGCACGCAUCUUCAUCACGCUCCCUGGCGCAAACGCCGCCGCCAACCCUGGUGCCUACAUCACCGUUGCCCAGACCAAACAGCUAGCGAGUGCGUACUACUGCGAGCAGAAAUUUGCCGGCAUUGGUGUCUGGGAUGCUACCUAUUCUGAACAGAGCAUUGCCUCGGGCAAGUACUUCUUCCAGAAUGCCAAGACAACACUGCAGGCUGCUGCUAUCGAUACCAGACUCUCCUGUAACAAGAAGAAGCGUGAGCUUUCUGGGUCUGAGGAAUAAGUCAGCUAAAGGCUAAAGUGUUGGAGGCAAACGGCAGUUGGGCUGUAUAAACACUUCGCAUUCUGGGUAUAUAUAUAGAAUUGGGAUACCAUUUGGCUUUUUAAGGCUCGUCGCCGUUAUUGAAUUGCACGUGAAAUACAGUUAAAUUGUUGCUUACUGGUGUGUGUACCGUAAAUUCUAACGAAACUUGUAACUGUUCAACCCUCAGACCGCGAGACAUCCACCCUAAGUUCAUUUGUAUGUUGGCCCAAGCGCUCUCAAGUUCCACAGCAUAGCAUCAAGUUGGAUUAUCGAGUUUUUCAUUUUU